AUUGUGCCACCCCCGCUUACCAGCACCAACAAUAAAGUUGUGGUAACAAUGAUGGAAAAUGGCGGUUUACCCAUUGUGGCCACCAGUAAAGCGGAAAAAUUCAAAAAUCGUGAAUCUGCAGCAAAUGCAAAAGCGAAAAAGGGAUCUCCCAAUAUGGCUAUACGCAGCAGUGCGCCCAUGCGUUGGCGUGCUACUGAGGAGCAUAUUGGCAAAUACAAAUUAAUUAAGACAAUUGGCAAGGGUAAUUUUGCUAAAGUGAAAUUGGCCAAACAUUUGCCCACCGGCAAGGAGGUGGCUAUUAAAAUAAUUGACAAAACCCAGUUGAAUCCUGGUUCGCUGCAAAAAUUGUUUAGAGAGGUUAGAAUAAUGAAAAUGCUCGAUCAUCCCAAUAUUGUGAAACUGUUUCAAGUUAUUGAAACAGAAAAGACGUUGUAUUUGGUUAUGGAAUAUGCGUCGGGUGGAGAAGUUUUCGAUUAUUUGGUGUUACACGGCCGCAUGAAGGAAAAAGAGGCAAGGGUUAAAUUCCGUCAAAUUGUUUCAGCUGUGCAAUAUUGUCACCAAAAGCGUAUAAUACAUAGAGAUUUAAAAGCCGAAAAUCUAUUAUUAGAUAGUGAGUUAAACAUAAAAAUAGCCGAUUUUGGUUUUUCCAAUGAAUUUACACCCGGCUCCAAAUUGGAUACAUUCUGUGGCAGUCCACCCUAUGCCGCUCCCGAACUAUUCCAAGGCAAAAAAUAUGAUGGUCCCGAGGUAGAUGUUUGGUCAUUAGGUGUUAUACUCUAUACACUUGUCAGUGGGUCAUUACCAUUUGAUGGCUCAACAUUACGAGAAUUGAGGGAACGUGUGCUCAGAGGCAAAUAUAGGAUUCCAUUCUACAUGUCUACUGACUGUGAAAAUCUAUUGCGUAAAUUUCUAGUAUUGAAUCCGGCUAAACGUGCUAGUCUCGAAACCAUCAUGAGCGACAAAUGGAUGAAUAUGGGGUUUGAAGAUGACGAACUAAAGCCAUACGUUGAACCCAAACAAGAAUUGGGCGAUGUCAAACGGAUAGGUAAGACGGAAGCUCUUGUGGCAAUGGGCUAUAAUAGACAGGAAAUCGAGGCAUCAUUGUCUCAAGUACGUUAUGAUGAUGUGUUCGCAACAUAUUUAUUGCUGGGAAGAAAAAGUACUGAUCCUGAAAGUGAUGGCUCUCGUUCGGGUUCGUCGCUUUCAUUGCGCAAUAUAUCGGGUAAUGAUGGAACUGCAAUUUCGGCAAAUACUUCGGUACAAAGCCCAACACACCGUGGUGUCCACAGAAGUAUUUCGGCUUCUAGUACAAAACCAAGUAGAAGGGCAUCCUCUGGGGCUGAUACUUUACGUGUUGCUCCCGGUGGCAAUGCUGCGGCUCAAGUUGUUACUACAGGAACAGCUGGUACCGUUCCGACCAGCACUAAUUAUGCCAUUGCUGGCACUGGAUCAACAGCGGAAAGAUCUUCAAUUAGUAGCAACUUUAAGCGUCAAAAUACCAUAGAUUCAGCUACCAUAAAAGAGAAUACAGCACGUCUAUCGGCUCAAAAUCAAAGGCCGGCCUCAGCCACUCAUAAAUUAUUGACGACACAGGAUACAUCCAUUAGUAGUCCGAAACCACGUUAUACGCCUAAAUAUGAUCCCACAAAUAGUAGUAAUCGUCCAGCGGCUACGGUUAGCAUGAUGCCAAGACGUUCUACCACUUUAUAUGAGAAGACUUCUUCAACUGAGAAAACCAAUGCUAUUUCAACAGACUCAAAAGUGACAUCGGCUGUUAAAUCUGGCAGACAUUUUCCCAGGAAUGUACCAUCACGUUCAACCUUUCAUUCGGGUCAAACAAGGCCACGAAACAAUACUGCUUUGGAAUAUUCGGCCACAGGUGGUGUGCCAGGCGAAUCACCUCAUCCCGGUCGCAUGAGUUUCUUUUCCAAACUCUCCUCAAGGUUUAGUAAACGCAGCAACUCUAAUACCGAAGAAUCCGCUAAGCCCCGGGUAUUGCGUUUUACGUGGUCAAUGAAAACAACCUCACCUUUGAUGCCAGAUCAAAUAAUGCAAAAGAUUAGAGAAGUGCUCGAUCAAAAUAACUGUGACUAUGAACAACGUGAAAGGUUCGUUUUAUGGUGUGUUCAUGGAGAUCCAAAUACCGAUUCAUUGGUACAAUGGGAAAUUGAAGUUUGUAAACUUCCACGUUUGUCUCUGAAUGGAGUUCGUUUUAAACGCAUUUCUGGUACUAGUAUAGGCUUUAAAAAUAUCGCUUCACGUAUUGCGUUCGAUCUACGACUGUGAUUCUGUCAGGAGAAGGGAGAAACUCUAAAUAAAAUACACGAUUCUACUACCGUAUGAAAUAAAAAUGAAAACCGUAACAUCAACC